AUGCCCUUCCCUUCAUCUGCCAAUCAAAUUGUCUUCUCAUUUGGGGGCCCAAGCAUUCAUUCAACGACCCUUACAUUCCCAUUAACCGACUCCACCCUCAUUAGCUCAUCAUUUCUAUCUAUCUAUCUAUCUAUCUAUCUAUCUAUCACUCUUGAUAUAUUUCUUGUAUUCCGUUCAUCUCUCUCUAUUAUUCUUGAUGUCUGUUAUAGACUGCUUUGUUCUUUCUUUUUUCCUUCUGUCUUUCUUUCUUUUUCUUUUUCUGUUCUUUCGUUAUUUAAUAUUUCCUUUUUCUUUUUCUCGUCCUUUCUUUCUUUCUUUCUUUCUUUUUUCUUUUCUUUCGUUUUUAAUUUUUCCUUUUCUUUCUUUCUUUUUGAUUUAAUUUUUCCCUUUUCCUUCUUUCUUUGUUUCUUUUCUUAUUUAAUCUUUCCUAUUUUCUUUUCUAUUUCUUUCUUUCUUUCUUUCUUUCUUUCUUUCUUUCUUUCUUUCUUUCUUUUGUUAUUUAUUCGUUCCUUUUUCCUUUUCUCGUUCUUUCUUUUUUCUUUUCUUUUGUUAUUUAAUCUUUCCCUUUUCUCUUUCUUUCUCCCCAGGUUAAAGUCUUUCUUUCAUUAUUUCCCCUCAUUUUCGAUUCCAUUGUUCACGCUAAAUAUACGCUUGUGUUUCUAA